CAGCCGCGGCAGCCGCGCGCCGAGUGAGGCGGGGGCGCUGCGCCCGCAGCUGGGCGGCGGGCGGAGAGGAGCCUUCCUCCACCACCCAGGAGAUGGUCAAGGCUGCAAAGGGAACGUCUGCCUGAGAUUUGAAGCCGAGACAAGGGUAAUUGGCUCUAAAUGAGAAUAUGGCCAAUGGCAUUGAAGAUCUUAUUGGGAUCCCAUUCCCAAAUCACAGCAGUGAAGUCCUUUGCGGUUUAAAUGAACAGCGGCACGAUGGUCUACUCUGUGAUGUCAUCCUCAUUGUCCAGGACCAGGAGUACAGGACCCACAGGUCUGUCCUUGCAGCCUGCAGCAAGUACUUUAAAAAACUCUUCACUACUGGCACUUUAACAGACCAGCCCUAUGUUUACGAGAUUGACUUUGUCAAGCCUGAAGCACUUUCUGCUAUCCUAGAGUUUGCCUACACUUCAACCCUCACCAUCACCACCUCAAACGUCAAGCACAUCCUCAACGCAGCCAAGAUGCUGGAGAUCCAGUGCAUUAUCAAUGUAUGCCUUGAAAUCAUGGAGCCUGACAGAGAAGCUGAAGAGGAAGAUGAUAAAGAGGAUGAAGAUGACGAUGAUGACGAAGAAGAUGAUGAUGAUGAAGAGGAGGAGGAGGAGGAGGAAGUGGAAGAUUUUGUGAAUCAGGAGAACCUCACAGAUGUCCAAGAAGUAAGCUGUCACCAAAGCCCUUCAAAGUCUGACCUUACCGAAGAAACAUACACAGAAGCACCUAGAGACUUCCCACACCAUUACCCAGCCCAUAGCUCUGCCGGCCACUUGGGCAUGAUACGAGACUUUUCCAUCGAGUCAUUACUAAGGGAAAAUUUGUACCCUAAAACGAACAUUCCAGAAAAGAGGCCAGCCCUAUCUCCCUUCACACCAGGCUUCUUUCCCCACCUGUGGCAUGGAAAUUUCAGUUCCUUUUCCCAGCUAGAAGAGCAGCAAGUGGACAAUGGCCCUUUGGACCUGGUGAUCAAAAAGAGGAAGAUUAAGGAGGAGGAGAAGGAGGAGCUCCCUCCGGCUCCUUUCCCUAAUGACUUCUUCAAGGACAUGUUUGCUGGCAAUCCAGGAGGUCACCUAGGGCACAUUAAGGCAGAGAACGACUAUAGCGCUUAUCUCAAUUUUCUAAGCGCCACCCACCUGGGAGGAGUGUUUCCUCCAUGGCCCCUGGAGGAAGAAAGGAAGAUAAAGCCCAAGGCAUCUCAGCAGUGUCCGAUCUGUAACAAAGUCAUCAUGGGGGCAGGGAAGCUGCCACGGCACAUGAGAACCCACACAGGAGAAAAGCCAUACAUGUGCACUAUCUGUGAAGUUCGCUUUACCAGGCAGGACAAGCUAAAAAUCCACAUGCGGAAACACACGGGAGAAAGGCCAUACCUCUGCAUACACUGCAAUGCCAAAUUCGUGCACAACUACGACCUAAAAAACCACAUGCGCAUUCACACGGGUGUCCGGCCUUACCAGUGUGAAUUCUGCUACAAGAGCUUCACUCGCUCCGACCACCUCCACCGCCACAUCAAGCGGCAGAGCUGUCGAAUAUCCAGGCCCAGGAGGGGGCGCAAGCCCGCAGCCUGGAGGGCAGCCAGCUUGCUGUUCGCACAGAAUGGCCAGCCAGAUGAGAAAGGCUUCAUGAUGCCUCCGACUCUGGAGGAAAUGAGCAGCCAUCUUGGCACCACGGCCAUGUGCCUUCCAGGCCCCAGCCACAAGCACUUCAUGAGUGGGGCCAAGAACGCUCUAAACCUGCAAGAUCUAGAGAGCCAGUUCGAAGAAACCCAAAUGAAGCUGUUUGGGAGGACGCACCUGGACAUGGAAAGGAACAGGGGCAUCUUUGCCUUUGCCCUGGGCCAUAACGAGAACAUCUCGGCACGGCCAUACUUCCCUCUCCCUGACCCUUGGAGCACAGGAUUCAAUGGACUGCCUGGACUAAACCAUGUGGCCCCAAUUUCUGAGGCUAGCAACUAAACCAGUUCUACCCAUGCAUUGGGUGUGGUACGUUCUGUACCAUUCUUAAAGAGUGAACGACUCUCUCUGAUUCUUACCUGCUGUCUCUCAUCAUCUCACUCCAAAGAAACAAUUGGUCACCCAUGUGAAUCUAGACGGUGCCAUAGGAUGGUAGGCAGAGCCACACCCGAGCAGACAAUGGACAUUCUUCUGAAUGAGGUGCUGCUGUUGGGUAUUGUUCUGUGAUUGUACUAGGAAAUGUAGGUUGAGUUUGUCAGUGACUCCACCAGAACAAUCUGCUAGGGGUGUCCUUUUAGACCAUUUGUAGGACCCUUGGCAUAAGAGAUGACAAGCUUGUCUCCUCCCAGCAGUAGAGCCUCCCCUUAGUUCUUGGAAUCCAGUUUUGAGGGAGUGGAAAGGGUCAAGCUCCAGGAUGCAGAUGGCUCGUUUUUUGAAUGCUUCUGAAAACAUCAUUUGCCUUAGUUUGGAGGUCAAGACAGUGCUUCCGAAGGAGAUUUCCAUUGCUCUCCGUUCGUGAUACCAGAUGGUUAGCUGGACAUCAAUGAAGAUGGCAAACCAUUUUUUUGCCACUUCUAAAUUCCUUGGUUUUUUAACCCCGUAAUCAAAUGACCAAAACAGUCUGAAAGGGCCUCGACAUGGGCCAGAUUCUUAGCUGGUGCAAAUGAAUGCUGCUUUUGGCAGCUAUGCUGAUUUAUUGCAGCUGAGGAUCUGGCCUAGGGUCAUUACUAAUUACUAGCAAAUAUGUCACAUGUCAGAAUCCCUUGACGAAAUGCUGAGCAUACAAAGACCCUGCUGUAUAGGAUCAUCUGGGAAAAGGAUUCGGAUAUUGCUCAGGGGAUCCUGAUUGAAAAUUAUUAUACUAAAGAGUCCACAAAACACGACUGCCACUGAGUGCUAGUAGAAAUCAUACUUCUUCAGCAUUUGUCAGCUCAGAAAUAUAGGGCUUACAACAUAAAAUAUGAGAUACUCCACUGAAAGAAGGCUUUGAUAGCAAUGUGCUUCUAUUUUCCCCUUUUAAACAAUGGGAGUAACUUUUUAACAAACAGUCUACUGAUGUGACCUGCAGUUAGUUUGAUGCCAAUACAGAGACUGGUUUUCAGUUUAAUGAAGGCUCAAAAAUGUAAAUUUUAAAAACUAUGGCAUGCUCUCUCUAUUUUUUACUGUUAUCUUUUGGUUUCAGCAGAAUCAAAGAGAACCAGAGGACCAUAGUUUCUUUUUUUUUUUUUAAUUUCAGUUCAUCCAUUAAAGGUACUGCUCUUCAGUCACAAUUCAAGGAGGGUUUCUCUACCGGACCACUGACGUUGCUACAUCCACGGGACAAAAUGAGCACCCUCUUCGAAGUCGCUCUCACAUAUGAUUCCCUUUGUCAAGAAGCACUUUGAGCAUAAAUAAUUCCUUUCUGCUUUGAGAACACAUAUAAAAGAAUGAUCCUGAUGAACUGCCUGAUUCUAGCUUCCCCCUGCCCCACAAAAAUAAAUUCACAGAGACCCUGUGUGCAAUGAAAAGUGAGGACUGGAAAGAGAACUUUUUAAAACUGCAUCAAACUUUUUUUUGUAUAUGUACCAACUUCUUAUACAAACUACAUUUUACAGACAACUGGUUAUUUCAGGUGUUUUUGUCUACAAUUUGGAGUCAUGUAAAGUAUCCAAAGAUGCUGAGUACUGUAUAAUCUACAAGAACUUGAAGCAAGGUGUGUUUUUGUUUUUAAUUUUGUUUUUGGUUUUUAAUUUUUUUUCCUGUUUGUGCAGAAAAAAACUUUGGACAUUUUCUAUUUAUAACUAUUUUUAUGUGAUUGCUUUAUGUACAAAAAAAAAAAAGAAAGGAAAAAAAGAUACCCAAACAAGUUUGCCUUAGUUAAUCAUGGGACAAUCAUCCUUAACUUUUGUUGAACCUAUACAUUUUUUAAAAAGACAAGCUACUUUUACAUACUUAUUAAACAGUAUUAAUUGAGUCUCUUAAAUUAUGAGCAGGACUUGGUUCUUGUGUGAGGGCAAACAUUGGAAAGCCAAACAGUUCCAGAAGUCCAACCAAUGGCAAGUUUUUACAGCAACAUUUAAAUGCCGAUUUGUUUGCAGAAUAUACAAAUUUGGCGAUUUCCAAAGGCUUUUUGUAAAAUAUUCGCUCCGUAUUUAAUUGUCUAGCUGCAAUGUUUAUGGUUAACGGAAACCAUUGUUGUUAUUAUUACGAUAAGAAGUUAAGGUUGAUUUUCCUGAAUGAGCUCAUUUUGGUUGUAUGUAGCUGGCUGAGAUCAUUUCAUGGUGGAAGGAAUAUAACAGACUCUAUUUCUGCCUUGCAGUUUCUUUACAUUUCAAUGUUGUGCGGUGAUGUUGGGCCACAGGUAUAUAUAGAGGUGUGCAUGUGUGUGUGAAAUAUUGGAGGGAGCAUCUCACUGUGCAUUCUCCAUAACCCUUCCAUAACUCAGCCUUGCUCUCCUAAUCAUGAACUGCAUGUCAGCCGUGACUGUCAAUGAUGUUCUUUUCAGCUGCUCCCUGAGAGUCUGAGGCUGAUAGCAUUUAUAGCAGUAUAACUCUAUUAGUUGCAAGGGAAUCCCUUCUGAUUUCAACUGGUGUGAGAUCAGAUUCAGGCCUUUUGCCUGGAAGGAACUAGAGAUGGCCACAUUCUCUCUGAGCUACUGGUGAGGUGUAGGGUGACCAGAUAACAAGUGUGGAAAAGUGGGACACUUUUUUUUUCGGGGCUGAGGAGAUGGGAGAAAGGUAAUAUAGUUGAAUAUAUAAGACAAAGCCCCUAAUAUUGGGACAGUCCCAAUAAAAUUGGGACAUCUGGUCACCCUAGUGAGGUGGCAUCUUCUUCCUCUUCUCAUCAUUUUUAAUUAUGGCCCAGAUACUAGAGGUACUUAAGCAUAUGCCUAAUUUUAAGCACUUGUGUAGCCCCGUUGACUUCAGGGCCUAUUAUUCUUGUCACAGUUGAAGAACGACAUAGCUCUCAAUUUUUUAGAAAAGUCCAGAAGCCUGAAAAGUGGAACUAAUACAUUAAAAGACCAAAACCAAGAGAAAGUUUAACUUUCCUCAUAAGAGCAGUGACUAGAAAUCAGACAGGAAACCACAUACAACUCUAUCCACCUGGUAGAGCCCCAGGUAAGUCACCUUGAGACACCAGAUGUUUGAGUAGCUACAUGUUCAAUUAAUCAAAUGAAAGGAUAAGUGCUAAGCCCUGGUCAGCUUUCCCAGUUGGCCACAUGUACCUACUAACGGAUAAGAAAACACACAGUAGUUCAGUUAUAUUGUCUGGUCAGACAGCCAUCAUCCCCAGUACCAGAAAGAUGUGGAUAAACUGGUGGAUAAUUCCCACACACAAAAUAUAUUUGCCCUAUAUCCACACACACGGGGGACAUGUCAUUCUGUCAUGAUGCAUGCACUAAUAAGUGAUGUCUACACUGCAGCUGAGUGUGUCUCCCAGCCCGGGUGGCUCUGCUUGAUCUAGUGCACGGUUAAGUAGCAGUGUGGACAUUGUGCCAUGGUCUAGCCACCUGAGUCCAAGGCUGGCCAACCUCCUGGGUCCAUACUGAGGCAGCUAGCCCACACUGCUAUUUUUAGCGUGCUCGCUUGAACAGAGCUAGCGCAUGUCUGUCUUCCCGGGCUGGGAGACAUGCUCCCAGGUGCAGUGUAAACCUACCCGUUCCGACCUUAAAGUCUAUGAGUCUAUAGGGGCCACGAUUUUGAAAAUCUGGUGCUGCAAACAUAUAGGGAGCCAGUUUCUGCCAAGUUCUGAGCACUCUCAGUUACAAUUGUCAGGCUUAGGAAAGUAAUGUCGUCUCCUUUCUUUUGUCUCUGUGCAAAGGCAAAAGAGAGAACAUACCUUCAGAAUGUUUCAUUCUAUACAGACAGGAGAGCAGGAGUUUCUUGUGACCCCACAAAUGGGCAUGGACAGCUGGAGAACGGAAGCAGCUCUGCCUCCAGUCCCCUUCCCUAUUUGCUGGGGAGAGUAGCUGUUUGGGUGCAUGAGGGUAGAAAGCUACUGCACAGAUAACAGGUGAAGGAACCAGUGUUUCCAACUCUCAUUAUUUUAUCACGAGUCUCAAGAUAGUCAGUGUUUCACUUGAAGCCCCAGCUCCUAGAGUCAGGUGAUUACAGGAGAAUCUCAGCUUGCAUCAAAACAGUAAGUUUGUAGUACUCAUGCUUGCAGAGAAAAGCUUGACAAUGUCCCUUGCAUGCAAGGCUCAGAAACCAGAAAGUAAAUAAAAAAGACCCCAGCUUUUAGUGUUCUUUUUAAAUCUUGUGCUGUUUAUGCCACACUUGUGAUUUUGGGGGCAGAAGGGGGGCCUGACUGAAAAGGUCAAAAAUGCUAAGCUUGAAUAUGCUUACUAGGCGCUUUCCCACUCUCUCUCCCCCCACACCUGAGAGAAAAAUGUAACCACCUCACAGCACAGUGUAUAAUACCUGUGGCCUGGAAAUGCCUUUUUAGUUGUUUUUAUGUGUCGAACCAAUGUUUUACUUGACUUGCACUAAUUGCUGUAGAGCAGUAUAUGGUUAGAUUUCUUUGGUUUGAUUUAUUUUUUGGUUGCAAUUCCUAUUGGCUAAUGAGCUGGCAGUCCUAUAAACAUACCUGUUGCACAUUUUACACCCCUGGACAAAAUAAAAUAUA